UUAAAAAGAUAAAGACCUUUGCAUUACAUUAUUACCUUCAUAUUACAAUGACUUGGAACGUGUUUCUUGCAGAUGGCAGAGAAAUACCUGACAGGGACAGCUCUUACUCGAUCUGGGAGAAUAAGAUCCAUUGCAAUUUUGCAAAAUAUUAACUUUCCAGGUUUUCUAGGCCCCUAGUUCUCCAGUCAGUCUAAGCUGACAUUCAGUGUAGCACCCGGUUUAGCAGAAACUUUGUAUUUUUAAGUGUUGCCACCUUUUCUUUUAAAAAACACCGGCCUUCCUAUAUAUUUAUCUUUUUUCCAUAUUAUUAACAUUGGGAUCAACCAUCAUUUUUACCAAUCAGGCCAGUAAAAUAUCGACCAGGUAGAAACCCAACUUAUUAAGCAUAAGACGUGUUCUAGAACUGUCACUCUCACAAACAUUUAUCUUUGGGCUACACAGCUCCCUGUAAUCCCCAUUAUAACCACUUGAGCGUCAGAGGCUAAAAUGACUUAAAAUGUAAAACGCCCCACCCUGGCAUUCCAAUGCUCCAGAAGGAGAAACAAACUACAUUUCCCGUGAUGCGCUAGUACAGGGCACCGCCCUCUCCUCUAACUUGACCGCGUUGUGUACCAGGUUAACAUUUAUAAGUUCAGCGAGUAGUGACGGAUGCUCCGCCUACUUCCUAUAAUGAAGUAAUAAAACGCCCAGUAAUGGCCAAACGCUGCUCCGUCCAUAUCGCGUGUUGCUUAUCAAUAGCCACUGGCUCUGUAGUGUCCUGUGACUGACGAGCCCGCCCCUCCCAUCUGUAGAGCGUCUAGUUAAUAUUCAUACAAAAGAUGGCGCGCCCCAUGACUGUACUGAAGCCAUUCCUCCUACUUCAUUAAUAUUGAGCAGCGCGGGCGGCGGCACGGCCCACUCAAGUGUGUGUGGAGCAGGGGGGGCUGUAUGUAUGAAGUACGCCGUCCUCAUCCUCCCUUCCAUGAUGGCGCAGGGCAGAGUCCCAGUUCCUUAGGAGCGGUGCAAUUGCGAUGCUUGCGCUUUCCCCGGUGAGGGCCGCAAAGGUUCGCGUUGUUGAAACUGGGACACCGCUAUCCAUGGAACAGGGAGCGGCCGAGGAACCUGCGGCGGGGCCGGGGGAGGAGGGGAAGAAGCGAUCGCCGGUCAGUGCGGGGAACUCAAGCACGGGCACUUUCCUGCUUCCCCCGGCGACUAAUGGCAGUACGAGCGCCAACUCCGUGCUCCUUCUGCGGAGGAGAAGGCGGAGGCUAAAGAGGAACGUGUCGGCCAUCCAUUCCCCAUCUCCCCUCUCCUCCUGUCCGCCGGGGCCCGGCUCCCGUAGCCUAGAACGGAGGGCACCCAUGGCAUCACGGAGCAGACAGUGGGUACCUCUGCAGCAGCAGGACAGGCAGUGUGUUCGCUCCGAGCUGCGGAGAGGCUGCAUCCAUGUGUACGAGCGGCACGCCUCCCCCUGCCUGCGGCCGCUUAUCUGCACUUUGGACACCCAGUCUAGUCAAGUGGCGGCCCGCCUGCUUCGGACGGGAGGGACUUCGGGGGUGCUGAGGAUCCUGGGCCCGGAGACAAGCGAGCAGGGCUCGGACUUUGUGGCGGGAGUUAAGGGCCUGGGACAUGAUUGGGAGCCUGGGGAUGAAGGGCCGCCCCAGCCGGCUUCGGACUCCGACAGUCUAAGCCCUACAGUGUGCCAGGGACUGGAGCUGUUCCACUGCGGGGCAGCCUCGUCUCCAUCAUCAUCCUCCUCUUCAGUGGAAGAAUUGGGGUUACCCACAACUCCCCCAGCAGUGACGGUGCCUGCUCGUCCCAGCCGGGAGGCAGCCCAAUGCCCUGGAUCCCUGUAUGUGCAGCUACACGGGGAGAGUUGUCGCAGGCUGGAACCACACGAGAAGCCGCUGCAAAUCCAGAACGACUACCUCUUUCAGCUGGGCUUUAGGGAUCUGUGCAGGGUGCAAGAGGAGGGCAUGGAGCCAGAGAUCGGCUGCCUCAUACGCUUCUAUGCAGGAAAGUCAAACUGCAGUGGUUUCUCUGAAAGGACUCAACUCUCGGGAACGUAUAAUGUUCGUAAAGGGAAAAUGCAGCUUCCUGUAAACAGAUGGACACGACGGCAAGUUAUACUUUGUGGAACUUGUUUAAUUGUAUCAUCGGUGAAGGAAAGCCAGAUCGGAAAGAUGCACAUUCUACCUUUAAUUGGUGGUAAAGUGGAAGAAGUAAAAAAGCACCAGCACUGCCUGGCAUUCAGCUCAUCUGGCCCACAGAGUCAAACGUACUAUAUAAGUUUCGACACAUUCACAGAUUACUUGAGAUGGCUCAGACAGGCUUCUAAGAUUGCAUCUCAGCGCACCAGUUCUGUGGAUCUCUCCUGCUGCAGCUUGGAAUAUCUCCCAGAGAACCUGUUCUACAGCCAAGAUCUCACACAUCUCAACCUGAAACAAAAUAUCCUCAGACUCUCUCCAAGUUCAGCAGCAGAAGGCACUCUUGAAGACCUCCAGAGGUUUACAAAGUUGAAGAGUCUCAAUCUUUCCAAUAAUAAUUUGGGUAAUUUUCCACUGGCUGUUUGCAGUAUCCCCACUCUGACAGAACUCAAUCUUUCCUGCAAUGCUUUCCGGGCCAUUCCCUCACAAGUUGGAGACAUGAACAAUUUGCAGACGUUCCUUUUGGAUGGCAACUACCUUCAAUCUCUCCCUGCUGAAAUGGGAAACAUGCACCAGCUAAACUAUUUAGGACUCUCAUUCAAUGAAUUUACAGACAUUCCUGAGGUGGUGGAAAAGAUGGCUUCCAUGGAUAGAUUGUGUAUGCCGGGGAAUGCUUUGGAUAUCUUAGAGUUGCAGACUCUGAGGAAGAUGUCACAGAUUAAGCAUGUAGAUUUAAGGCUAAAUGAAAUCCGAGGCUUGAUAAUAGAUGAGCCUGAUUUUUUGCCUCACAUCACUCAGUUGGACCUCAGAGAUAACAAGAUGACUGAUCUUGAUGUGACUACCCUCAGCAACUUAGAAAUCCUGCACUGUGAGAGAAACAGACUGCGGUCUCUUAAGAUCAGUGGCUUCUUCUUAAAAGCUCUUUAUGCAUCUUCAAAUGAACUCGUACAUCUGGAUGUGUAUCCCAACCCUUGUUAUCUGUCAUACAUGGAUAUUUCUAGAAACAUUCUGGAUUCCCUUCCUGAGUGGUUCGGUGAAUGCAGAAGUUUAGAGGUACUUGAUAUGAGCCACAACCACCUAAAUGAGCUUCCUGCCAGCAUAUUCUGUACCAGUGCUCUGAGAAAGCUACUUUUAGGUUAUAACCGGCUGCAAAGACUUCCAGAACUCAUUGAGAACACCCAACUGGAGGUACUCGAUGUGCAGCAUAACCAGCUAUUGGAGCUCCCUGCCAACUUGCUGCUUAAGUUAAACAGCCUACGGUGCCUCAAUGUCUCUGCCAACAAUUUAGAAACACUUCCUGCCACAUGUUUGUCCGAAGAGUCACACAGUAUGCUGCAGGAGCUGUAUCUGACUAAUAAUAAUCUCACUGACAAGUGCGUGCCCUUAUUAAUGGGACAUCCCCACCUGAAGAUCCUGCACAUGGCGUUUAAUCAUCUACAGACUUUCCCAGCAAGUAAAAUGGCCAAAUUGGAGGAACUAGAAGAGAUAGAUAUUAGUGGGAACAAGCUGAAAGCCAUGCCAACCACCAUUAUGAACUGCAGGCGUAUGCACACAGUCAUUGCUCACUCCAACUGCCUGGAAGUCUUCCCUGAAGUUAUGCAGCUCACAGACAUUAAGUGUGUGGACUUAAGCUGCAAUGAACUCACUGAAAUCACAUUGCCUGAAAACCUGCCUCCCAAACUGCAAGAACUGGACCUGGCUGGUAAUGCCCGCUUACUCCUGGACCACAAAACCCUGGAGCUUCUGAACAGCAACAUUCGGUUCUUCAAGGUGGACCAGCCGUCCUGUGGGUUCUCUGGCAGCGAAGCAUCUGGAGCGCCAGCAGUGUGGAGCCAUGGAUAUGCAGAAGCAUCAGGCGUUAAGAGCAAGCUUUGUGUAGCAUCCCUUCUGGUCAACAAUUUGUGUGAUAACCGUGAAGCUGUGUAUGGUGUGUUUGAUGGUGAUCGGAAUGUAGAGGUACCCAGCCUGCUGCAGUGCACAAUGAGUGACAUUCUAGCUGAUGAACUGCAGAAAACAAAAAGCGAGGAGGAGUACAUGGGAAAUACCUUCCUGGUUAUGCAGAGGAAACUGGGUACAGCUGGACAAAAACUAGGAGGCUCUGCUGUUCUCUGUCACAUAAAACACGAUCCCAUGGACCCUGCUGGGUGUUUCACACUCACCACUGCCAAUGUAGGCAAGUGCCAAACUGUUCUCUGCAGAGAUGGGAAGCCACUUAACCUGUCCAAACACCUUACCGUCAGUUGUGAAGAAGAAUUAAAGAGAAUAAAGCAGCACAAGGCCAUCAUCACAGAGGAUGGAAAAGUUAAUGGAGUGACCGACUCAACGCGUAUACUGGGUUACACAUUUCUUCACCCAAGCGUCACUCCCCGGCCCCAUGUGCAGUCUGUUACUCUAACACCACAGGACGAAUUCUUCAUUCUUGGGAGCAAGGGUUUGUGGGAUAGCCUUUCCAUGGAGGAAGCAGUUGAAACAGUGAGGAAUGUACCAGAUGCCCUAGCAGCUUCUAAGAAGUUGUGCAGCCUAGCUCAAAGCUAUGGAUGCAGUGGUAGUUUGUGUGCGGUGGUGGUGCAGUUAAAUGUCACUGAAGACUGUAUUUGCUGCUGUGAGCUAAAUGGCGGCAUGCCACCUCCCAGCCCUGGAAUUUUUACCCCAUCUGUCAAUGUGGUUAUCAAGGACCGGGCCCCUGACAGCCUUGGCAUGCCAUCUUCCAGCAGUGGUUUAGCUUCAGAAAUAAGCAGUGAGAUAUCCACUUCUGAGAUGAGUAGUGAAGUUGGGUCAACUGCUUCUGAUGAGCCCCCUACAGUUUCUCUUCAUGAAAAUGGAGCUGGUCCUGUGGUUUGUCCAAUUGAGCAGCGUUGCACUCUACACCCAGUCUGUCUUUCAAGUUCCUUUCAGAGACAACUCUCCAGUGCUACGUUCUCUAGUGCCUUCUCUGACAAUGGACUGGACAGUGAAGAUGAGGAGCCAAUCGAAGGAGUCUUUUCUAAUGGGAGCCGGGUGGAAGUAGAAGUGGAUAUCCAUUGCUCUCGAACAAAGUCUGGAUGCCAGACUGUAACUGCGGUACUUGCUGAGUCUACUGAUGAGGGUAUUGUCAUCAACAGCAAUGAGGAUGACAUUGGAGGUCCUGGCAAGAGACAAGACUUUUCCUCCAAUACUCUUGGGCGACAGAAAAGAGGCAAUGGUUCAGUUGCACCUUUAGAAAAGAGCCACAACCUUAUUGAAAUUGCAGCAGAUGCCCCUCUUAGAAAGCAAGGAGGCUAUUUUGCGGCCCCUACCCAACCUGAUCCUGAUGAUCAAUUAAUUAUUCCUCCUGAACUGGAAGAGGAAGUAAAGGAGAUCAUGAAACAACAUCAGGAGCAGCAGCAACAACAUUUGCUGCAGCAACAGCAACAGCUGUUGCAGCAACAACUGCAGAAACAGCAACAACUGCAGCAGCACAGGCAGUACCAAAUGGACCAGUUGCCAGACUACUAUGAUACACCACUAUGACCCUUUCAUUCUACUUAAAUAUAUACAUUUUAAAAUAACUGUGAGUUUCCCCUGUUUUUCAAUGGAACUGUGAAGAACAUAUUUUAGGUACUUUUCUGAAGCAUUUGCUUUCUUUUAAACCUUCCAGACUUUUGCUUUUUAUUUCAUUUAUCAGCUCACUACUCACCGCCCCCCCCCCAUAAUGCCCCUUCUUUGUUUUUUUUUAAAGAAACCACCAGCUUUCUUAUACAGACGCUUUAACACAAGUUUUAAUCACUGUUUUCCGUAACAUAUCAUAUGUUUGAGGGGGAAAAAUGAAAUAUUUGAAGAAAAUGUUUUGAUGAACAAAGUUUAAUAUAUUGCAGAGAAACAAAUACAUAUUUGUAAUAUUUUUUAAGAAAAAAAAGUUUUCUUUAUUUGGGACAUUGUGGGUGGAAUUGUAAAGUUUCAUAAUUCUUUGGAUGUGAAAAGAAGUGAACUGACAGCUUUUUGGGUAGGGAGGGGUGCUUAGAUAUUUGUAGAUCAAUAUGAACUAACUCUUAGGAGUUGCUUACUCUUUCCGGUGACUUAAAUCACGGAGUUUCACUAAUUUUCUCUGAGAGAACAGUUGAUUAGGAAAUAUGUAACACUUUUUUCGAGUGCUGGCAAGGCGGCCUGCUAUGGAGAGCGUUGGUGUCUCCUCCAGCACUUUGAGUUAAUGUACAUAACUUGCACAUUGUAUAGUGUUCCUUUAUGAUGUGCCCGUGCUUCUGCAGCUGUCAGAUGCUUGUCACUCAAGAUCCAUGCUGAAAGCAAUGUACACAAAUGAUCUGUGUCAUGAAGGAGUUAAUAUAUUUUCUAUUCUUGGUAAGGCACAACCAGUAAAAUUGGAAGAUAUAAAUAUAUAUAUAUAUAUAUAUAUAUAUAUUUUGGUUUUAUUUUUUUGUUUUUCACAGUUUAAGUAAGUGGGUAUUCUGGAUGGGAAGGUUUUUCUUAAUCCCAAAAGCAAACGCUUGCAGCCGGACCAUGUUUUACCUCAUUACGACUGUGUUUUGUAUUGCGGCCACCAUAAUCCAGCAUGAUUGUACAGAAGUCAUUUAGAUGAUUGAGCCUACCCACAGUUACAUCAACGCUGAAUGCACAAAUGAACAUAGCAUCAUUUUUGGUAUAAUAAACCUUGAACUUUACAAAUAA